AGGUGAGAGGUGCCAUAUUUUAUGGCAUGAAUAAGGCAUUGGGAUUCCAAUAUGGUGGGCUCCCUAUGCACUACCCAACAAUUUUUCAAUAUCCUCCAUCUCAUCAUCUGCCACAGACGACCACAGUGCCAUUUCAUGUCAACCCCAACGAGUUAAUGACUUACCUUCAUAAACCCAUCUUCUUCUUCCAACCCUCCUCUCUUCUUUUUUCUUUCAUGCAUCAAAAUCUUGAAUUUUCUUGAUUCAUCUAUUCAUUUUUAUUAAAGAAUCAAGAACCAAUAUCAUAAACACCUUCAUGGGAUACCUUUCUUGUAAAGCAGAAUCAGCCAUUGCUAUCUCCACUCCAGUUUCUCAAGUUAAUUCUUGUAAAACCACUCAAAAUAAACAGGAAAAACCCAUCAAGAUCCAGCAAUUUCACUACAGUGAUCUUGAAGCAGCUACCAAUGGUUUCUCUGACCAGAAAUUGUUGGGUAAAGGUAGCCAUGGUUGUGUCUACAAGGCUGUUAUCCGUGGACGCCACGUUGCUAUCAAGAAACCGUCAAAAGGUCUUGAAAUUGGGCACGAAGUGGAUAAUGAGAUCGAGAUCUUGUCAAAGAUUCACAGCCCAAGAUUGGUAAACUUAUUAGGCUUUGCAAAUGAUAGUAAAGAUAGAUUGCUUGUUGUUGAAUUUAUGUGCAAUGGUACUCUUUAUGAUAUUCUUCAUUCAAAUUCAAGAACACCCAAUUGGGGAAGAAGAAUUCGAUUAGCUUUACAAAUUGCUAAGGCUAUUGACAUAUUACACUCACAAAACCCGCCAAUAAUUCAUAGAGAUAUAAAGUCUGCAAAUGUUUUGAUUGAUAGGAAUUUUAAUGCAAGAUUGGGCGAUUUUGGAUUGGCAUUGAGAUGUGGUAUUGAUGAUGAUUAUAGACUUAAAUCAACCCCACCUGCCGGUACUAUUGGUUAUCUUGAUCCAUGUUAUGUUACUCCAGAUAAUUUGAGUACUAAAACUGAUGUCUUUAGUUUUGGGAUUUUGUUGUUGGAGAUUAUUAGUGGAAGAAAGGCUAUUGAUGUGGGGCAUUCACCACCCUCUAUUGUGGAUUGGGCAAUUCCACUUAUAAAGAAGGGAAAGCUUGGUGCAAUAUAUGAUCCAAGAAUUGCUCCUCUUAAAGAUCAUAUGAUUAGGAGGCAAUUGGCUUUGGUUGCUGCUAAAUGUGUGAGGUCUUGUAGGGAGAGGAGGCCAGCAAUGAAGGAGGUUGUUGAUUGGUUGACUGCAUUGAGUAAAUUAGUUCCUCUUCAUUCAUGGAAUGGAUUUAAUAAUCCAUGUAUGAUGGUGGAGACAAAAUUAAGUUUCCUUUCAUUCAUGGAAUGGAUUUAAUAAUCCAUGUAUGAUGGUGGAGACAAUGGGAAAAGACCGAUAGUAAACUUUGGUGCACAAUCAGUCAAGGAUUCUCGGAGAGUAUAUUCAGGCUUGGGGUUUCGGAGCAAUUGAUGGAACUUAUUGGCGGGGUACAGAAGAGAGAGUCUCAGAUUUUUUUGGGGUGAGGCUGAAUUGCAGUUGAAUCAAAGUUUGACGUUGGCAAAGCGAGUUUCUAGUUGUACAGAUUUUGGUAGUGCAAGAUAUGGUAUCAAAGGAGGGAGCUUCAAUCGAAGAUGUCCUGGUAAUGAGAAAGGUCUCCUUGAAUGA